AUGCGGACGACGCACGCGCGCGGCGUGACAUGCGCGGCGCUCGAGCGCGACUACGGCGCGCGCGGACGCGGAAGAGGCGGCGUGGCGUACGGAGACGAUCGCGGUGGGGUGUACGUGCGCGUGAGCACGCUCUUGGGACAUAAAACGUUGACGCUGAGCGCGGCCGGAGGGAGCGAUCGCGGGGCGGCGCGCGCGAUGGAAUGGAGCUCGCGCGGCGUCUUGGCGUGGGCGUGCGACGAAGGCGUGAAGCUGUACGACGUGGGACGGGAUGAAAAGGUGGCGCUCGUCGAGCGACCGCGAGGAAGUCCGGCGGCGGGGAUGUACGCGCCGCACUUGACGUGGAACGAGACGUCGGACAUGGGGAAGACGUUGCUCGUGGGAUGGGCGGAUUGCGUCAAGGUUGUUAGGAUUCAGAAGCAGGACGCGCCGGAUUCGAGCGUCGCGGCGAAACUUUUGCGAGAUAAGCCGACUCGCGGCGCAACGCGCGAAAUUACUCGGGCGGAUUCGUUUGCGAAUGGGGGCUCGAGCGAGGGAGAUAACGCGUCGGCGAGCGAGGCGUCGUCGGCGAGAGUUUACGUCGCGCGCGUGACGUCGAUGUUUCAGACGGAGUAUUACGUCGCGGGCAUUCAACCGUUCGGGGAUUUAUUGGCGAUUUUAGGUUGGUCCACGGAUGGCGAUCGCAAAACCGGGGCGCAUCCGGAGUUGCACCUCGUCACGCACGCGAAUGUCACGCAAAAUAUCGACGUCAUCGCGACGCGAGACGAUCCGACAACGCUCGGAUGCAACGCGUACGGGUUGGCGUGCGCGCAACCUAUGCUCGAUAACGGGAGCUUUGAUCGAUGUAAACACGUCGGCGAUCAUAGAUGGUGGAAGAUCGGACUCGAGCCACGAUUUUACGUGUACUCUCCGAAAGAUCUCAUCGUGGCCAAGGCGACGGGCGCGAGAGAGUCCAUCGAUUGGUUGUCGAAACAGGAAGACUACGUCAAGCUGCUCGACGUGUGCGAGUUGGCGUCGCGAUACGGCCACAUCGAUGGGAGUGUGCGGGAUAUUGGACAUAGUGUUUUGCAGCGCACGUUUGACGAGCGAGAUUACGCGCAAACGGCAGCUUUGUGCUCGAAAUUGUUGCGCAAAGACGCCGCCGCGUGGGAAACGUGGAUUGAAAAGUUCAUGCUGGCUCGCAAGCUCGCGGAGUUACAGCCGUAUAUUCCCACGGAUGACCCGACGCUGAGCGUGCACACGUACGAAGUGGUGUUGAACGCGUUUCUAGCGGAAGCAGAGCAUCAUUCGCGCUUUCUCGCCUCCGUCAAGGCGUGGCCGGCGCGUUUGUAUUCGCCUCAGUUUCUCAUACCCGUCGUUAAGAGCAAGCUCGCGUCGUUGAACACCAACGCGGGAAGCCCGUCGGUGGCGUCAUCGGUGUCAUCGGUGGUACUGAAAGAAGCGCUCGCGGAGCUGUAUCUCAACGAUGGUCAACGCGAACGGGCGUUGAACUUGUACCUGGACAUCGGUCGGCCGUCUGUGUUGAGCUUCAUCGCUCGUCACGACUUGCUCUCUUUCGUCGCUCGCAACAAGCUUUCUCUCUUGGCGCAACUCGAUAUUGACGCGGCGAUGUCGCUUUUCGUGCAGAAGCGAGAAAGCUUGCCGCCGCGAGUCGUGAUUCCCGAGCUUUUGGGUCAAGGCGGCUUCGGCGCUCGAGAGUUGACGCACGCGUACAUGUCGGCUCUCUUCGACGAAGACCCGACGUGCUUCGAAGAGUUCCACGACAAACUGUACGAGUUACACCUGGAGUUCAACCCAAAGGCACUGAUGAACUUUUUGAAGAAGAGCGCGUCGUAUGACGUCGCGCGCGCGUGCGCCUUACUCACGGGCAACAAAGCGCUCAUCUUCGAGCGCGUGUUUCUGCUCUCCAAACUUGGUUCGCACGAAGAAGCCGUGCGCGUGCUCGUGACGGACGCCAAGGACCUAUCGGGCGCCAUAAAGCUUGCGAGUGAGCUGGACAACCCCGUCGAGCUCUGGAACGUCAUCAUCAAAGUCUCAACCGACUCGAAGGAUUUCAUGGCGACGCUUCUCGCGCACGCCAAAAAUCUCGCCGGCGACCCCAACGCCAUCGCCCUCAUCCACGCCCUGCGCGAAGGCGUCUCCAUCGACAACCUCAAAUCUCGCCUCGUCGAUCUCAUGGACGAAAACAUCGCCCUCACGCGUUCGCUGCGAACGUCGUACGCAUCUGAAUCCAAGCGCGCUCGGGAAUCGUACGAGCGCAAAACCAAAGUCGAAACGCGCGCGCUCCGCCGCCAUCAAAUCCACGUCAGCCGCAAGCGAUGA